CUUCAUCAUCAUCCGUCUUUACGAAAACGCGUACUCCCUUUGGCCCCACACGUUUUCCUCUCUCUCUCUCUCUCUCUUUCUUUCUAUCCCUCCUCUGCAAUUCCCAGGGGUUUUCCUAGUUUUUACCCUCUACUGCCACCUCACUCAUCCUCUCUUUUCUUACAACUCAAGAUUCCUUUUUCUUGAUCGGAAUAUAAAGAUUUCAUCUUUUUUCUUCAAUUCUGAUUUGGGGCUUGUUUGAUUUUUCCAUGGCGUAUCAGAUGAGUCCAGGUGGUAGUAGUAGUGGUGGGGGUUCCGGUUCGCCCUUUGCGGGUAGGGGCCCAUAUGGGGUUGGGGAUACCACUUAUACAAAGGUUUUUGUUGGUGGGUUGGCUUGGGAGACCAAGAGUGAAUCACUUCGAAGUUAUUUUGAACAGUUUGGUGAUAUAAUCGAAGCAGUUGUCAUCACUGAUAAACAUACUGGACGCUCUAAAGGCUAUGGCUUUGUGACAUUCCAUGAUCCUGAGGCUGCAUGGAGGGCUUGCGCAAAUCCUAAUCCAAUUAUUGAUGGUAGAAGGGCUAAUUGCAACUUGGCUUCACUUGGGCGACCUCAAGGACUUUUACCUUAUGGACGUUUGAGAUCUUCAAUGCCCUAUCUGGGAAAUCCACAGGCCCCGAGGGGUAUGUAUAUGGGGAGCCCCUAUUAUCAGCUACCAGUUCCUUACAGCUAUCAGCCUGGAUUCUCAUAUCCUCCAUAUAGGUUUCCUGCAUAUGGGCCGGACUAUGUUUACCCACAGAUGUAUGGGAUACCAAGUACUGCUGGCACAAACACAUUGCAAUUUGGCCAACUUGGGGUGCAACCAGGGAGUCCUGCAUAUGCGUUUCGUGGUCAUUUGAUGCCAGGUCCUCAGAUGGUGCAAUAUCAGAGACCUAAUGCUAGCGGAACUACGACAGACAAUGUUCCUCUGAUGCAACUACCAUAUCAUUCAGUGAAGGUGCUUGAUUACCCCAUUUCUUCAGGCGUCACAAUGCCGUCUCCUCGUCAAUCACAGACUGCAGUACAAGCUCGUCCACCGCAAUUCACUCAAAGCAGUGGCUCUGACCAAAUGGCAGGUUGAAUGGUUUAACUGGAUGUAUCACGGAUGAAUUCAAGGAAUUGGCUCGCUGUUAUUUGUGUGGUAGACUUGGAACAUGACCUUGAACGUCAGAUGGGGAGGCAAACAGAGGUCUUCCAAAGUCAUGGCCACCAAGAAUUCGAGGGAAUCACUUGUAAGAUACCAAGAAGUUCAGAUAACCAUAUCAGAAAUGAGGAAGUGCCUGGACUGCUCUUUCGCAGUCUGUAUGGACAAUCCUGCCAGGACUUCAAGUCACUGAUUGAUUAAAGUAUAUAAUUGAACUGAUUGUCGGAAGAUGGUUUCCGCAAUCAGAUUUAGUAGAAUCAACAUAUGAUUCUUUAAAUAGGCCUGGGUCAUCCUGGUCUGUAGGUGUACACUUUUCUUUGAUGUCCAUUUGACGUGUGCGUCUUUUAUUUGUUUUUCUUUUUGGUGUUCCGAUCUCCUUAGGGAUAGGGGAUCAAUAUCCAGGUCUUCAUCUCCAUCUAUGAACUGCUAUUUUCUAGGGACCUUUUCCUCUCGUCACUUUUAUGCUUUUCAAUAUAUGUUCCAGUGUGUUUGUUGUUCCUUAGGAAGUAAGUCUCUCACCUUGUUCUCUCCCUUACUAGAAAGGGAAAAUAAAGGUCGAAAGUAAGGAACGCAGGGCUACUUUCGAGGACUGGAGAAGGUCUCUGAUGCAAAGAUCCCGUGCGAUUAUAUGAGCCAUGUGCACAGAUUUUGCUUGGAGAAUGUGAAUGCUACUCAAUGUAGUUGGUAUAGUUUGAUCCAUCAGAUUGGUACCUCUCAUUGUGUGCAAUACUAGUUGGUAGUAGUGUCUCUUUUUUUCUUGGUCAGGUUCCUUUGUGAACCAAUAUCAGUGGAUGCCUAUUCAUCCUAGAUAGUAAUUUUUCUAUGCUUGUUUUUCUUGUCCAACAGAUUGUUUUCAUAGUUGAGGAGAACAAUUACAUUCUCAA